AUGAAGUGCAGAACCGUUCUCCUCAUCGCGGCCGCCGCCGCUCUCAUCCUCGCUGCCCCAGCGCCGAAGGCUCUAAGCCUCGCCGCCCAACGCAUUGUCGACGAACUUCCGACCUGCGCGGCACCGGCCAUGAAAGACCAACUGAAUCGUGCACCCGAGUACGGCUGCGAGCACAAUGCCGACGGGACACCCAACGCGGCCUGCCUCUGCAAGAACGACAAGUUCAAGUCCGACACCCGCAAUGCCAUCCGAAACAACUGCCUUGAGAUGGCCGAGCUCGAGACUGUCGAGAACUGGGCCACGCGUCAGUGUGGCAAAGCGCCAAAAUCCCGCCCUGUCAAGAGGGUCCGAUUCGCCAACGUCUCCAGCGACGACUCCUCCUCGGACGAGGGAUCAAACACCAAAAAAGAGACCAUAACCGUCGCACCCAACGAAGCACUCUUCGACCUUGAGGAGAUUGAAGACGAAACCGCCGCCGCCGCUAUCACGCAGCCUGUCAGCACUAUCGCACUCGCCGCCGUCCUCGUUGCCGCGUUCGUUGUCCUUUGA